UUUUUACGAAAAAAAUCGAAACGUAAAUACAAAAAUAAAAUUUAAUAGUCGAUUAGUCGAUAUGACACGCACGCACGGAAUUUAAUAGUGUAGAUAAAGUGUAGUUAUUUAGUUUCUAUUAUAAUUACAACUAUGUUAUUUAUAGUUGAUACGUAGAAGUCUUUGGUUACUUUGAUAUCAAUAUCUUAGUGCUAUGCAGAAUAGAGUUGUUACAAUAGUUAUUGUAUCGUUUUGCGGUCGCCAUGCCAGACGUAAAGUACCAACAGCUGUCCGCUAAACUAGACAAUGAGAACGACGUAAUUACCAAUAAAAGUCGUAGAAAAUGGUCCGAUAUAUGCUUUCAAAAAGCUCUGCUAUCUCUGGGCCUGAUACUGCUGUACUUCUCCCUGUCCAUUGGUCUCACAUUCUACCAGAGAUGGCUUCUACAGGGGUUCAAAUUUCCACUUACAGUGGUUAUGUACCAUUUAGUUAUAAAGUGGCUGUUGUCUGUUUGUGUACGGACCAUUCUGUACUGCAUCACGGGCAUCCCUCAGCUGUGCCUACCGUUCAUGACGUGCCUACGGUCCGUGUGCCCGACCGGAGUGGCCAGUGGCAUCGACGUUGGCUUCUCCAACUGGGGACUGGAGCUGGUGACAAUAUCCCUGUACACUAUGACUAAAUCUACAACUAUAAUUUUUAUACUGGGUUUUGCAAUAUUGCUGGGGCUGGAGAAAAAGUCAUGGUCAUUGGUGGGCAUAAUCCUAAUGAUUGCAAUGGGCCUAAUCAUGUUCACCUACAAGGCGACUCAGUUCAACCUACUCGGCUUCAAUUUCCUGCUUCUGGCAUCGUUUGUGGCCGGUCUCCGGUGGACAUUCGCUCAGCUGCUUAUGCAGAAGAGCAAGCUUGGUCUGCACAACCCUAUUGACAUGGUUUACCAUGUGCAGCCCUGGAUGUUUUUGUCGCUGCUGCCGUUUACCAUGUACUUUGAAGGGUUAGGCUGCAUCCGAGAGCUGAUGUCGAUGCCGCCGCCGCUGCUGCUCCCGACGCUGGUGAAGGUCUCGGUGGGCGCCAGCCUCGCCUUCGCCAUGGAGAUCAGCGAGUUCCUAGUCGUCACCUACACCUCCAGUCUUACACUCUCCAUAGCUGGUAUAUUUAAGGAGAUGUGCAUUCUAGUCCUGGCGGUUGAGGUGGGAGGCGACCAGCUGAGCCCAGUGAACGUCGCAGGGUUGUCGCUGUGCUUGCUUGGCAUCGCCGGACACAUAGUCCACAAGAUCAUCGUCAUCCGCCGCGUCGCCGGCUCAGUGACAGCCCUAGACGACGACAACUUUGACCCACCCGUCACGUUAAGAACGAAGAAGCCCGACAACCACCAACCCCUGUUAGCAGACCAGCAGUGGAGCAAUGAGGCAAAUAGUGAAGACAGCGAUGUUGAUUCUAAUAUAGUGCUUUAUGAAGUGAUGCAGAGGCGAGAUGCUAAAAGAUAGACAAGAAAUGAAAUGAUGACGAUACGGUGGCGGUAGUAAGCCGUAUAACCGCCCCGCUGGUUAAGUUUUUAAGAGGCUUCUAUCAUUCAAAGUUCCAUGGAUGAAAUAUUAUGCCGCAUUUAUGAAACAAGUCGCACAUGAAAUAGGUGGCGUUUCCAUACAAAUAAUUGUGAUAAGUUUAAGGGAUCCCUAGAUGGCGUUGUAAACAAAGGAGGGCCUUUCCAUCAAUACUUAGUCACAUACUAAAUGCUCUCAAGAGUAGUCAAGACUCAAUGAACCUUCAUACCAUGUUUCAGGGUUAGGCUGCAUCAAGCAAGAGGCUGCUAAACGCCCUAUAAAUAUGUCUGAUUCCGGUCUAAACAUCCGUUACACUUGGUCUUUGUGUAUCUUAAGAAUAAUAACGGCCUCAGCUUUAUUUAUUGGUGUAACUUUACUAAUGCGAUUGUAUCCUUCAUAAAUAGGUUGUUAUAUUUUAUGCGUGGACUACAGGACAUGGGACGCGUUUGUAUGUGUGUGUGUGUGUGACCUUUCAUGUGACAGAGUGUGAGUGGGGUACAUCGUGACCCGUGCAGGGUGAUUGUAAGGCAGAAGUACAAAUAUACCUUAUCGGUAAAGUACUUACUUUACCACAUAAUUAUCAAAUUAACAUACUUAAUAUAUUUCUACUAUUAAAGUUAAGCGUAAAGAGCGACAAUUUUAUUUUUAUUUUAUAUUGUUAUAUAAUGUCCACAACAUUAUAAUUAGUUUGCACUACUGUCUUUAGGACAUCCUGUAAAUAUAUGUGAUUCAUUACAAUUAAAUUAAGUGUAUUUAAAUGGGUAUUUAUAAUUAUAAAGAUAUAAUGCAUUUACAA